AGCCAAGAAUGGUUUUUCUUCUUAAAUUUGUUUAUUUUUACAGUUUGUUGAUUGCUUGGGUUGGUUGUUCUACUUCGUUGCUGUUGUUACUGUUUCCCUGACUUUUACACUAGUAUAUUUCUUCUCUAUAUACUGUUGUGAUUUCCAUGUUUGCUUGGAGCCGAGGGUCUGUCGGAAACAAUCUCUCUACCUGCUCAAAGGGUUGUUGAAGGUUUUCCCGAGGGGUUGUGAACUGGUGAAGAUUUGCUAGAGGAAAUCUUAUUUUCUGUGGUAAUUUAAGGCAGAAUGGAGCACUAUAAUCUUGGAACUUCUCAAGUUAAGAAAGAAUAUAACACAAAGAAUGAAAGCACUGAAUCCAAUCAAAAACUGCAUAAGGCUUCAAAGGAAGUGACAUCUGAAGGGAAUCAAGGUCAAGUUGGUAGGAAUGUUGCAGGCGAUGUAGCUCCACGGCAUGUGAAUUCUCAAGGCGAAGUUAACAUGGAGGCAGAUAUCACUAUGGAUGAUGUUAUAAGAGCCGGAGGUCUAGGAGCAAGAGACGAUUUAAAUAGUGUUCUUCCUAUCGCAACCGAUACCACUGACUUUGAGGCUUCUAUUCGUGAUGCUUGGGACUAUGAAGGACCACGUGAAAGCAUUAAGCGACCGGGCCUUGGCUGGACUGAACCUGCAAAGAAGUAAAUCUAUCCACACUGCAACUUAAGGUGGACUUCUGAGGUGUUUUCCAGUUUUAAUAGCACUCUUAGACUCUCAGCUCUGGUCCUGUUGAUUGAACGUAAGUUGUAUUUGUCUUACAGUUUGUUCAAGCAAUAAGUUCUAUCCUAGUGUAUGAAAUUAAUGAUCAACCACGAUGGACAUUUUCGUUAAUGUGCUUAGUUGUCACUCUGUUAUUUCUCCUUUGUGCACUUUUUCGUUAAUGUGCUUAGUUGUCAAUCUGUUA